AUGACGUGGCGCCCGAGGAUUGGUUUGGAGGAAAAUGGCACUUCUCCUCCUCAGGCGGAGAUAAUUUAUUCUCUUGGGAAAAAUCUUCAAACUUGUCAUCAUCUCCACCGGAUAACAGAAAAAGCUCUCUCCGCAUCGAAGAAUGUGAAAUUUGAAAAUCCCCACAAGCCAGACUUGGUCGUGGAAUUCUUCAAGAACCAUGGUUUCACCCAAACCCAGAUCUCAAGCGUUGUUAGAAAGUUCCCUCCCGUACUUAUGCGUGAUACACAGAAAAUCCUCUUGCCCAAGCUCGAAUUUCUCAAAUCUAGAGGCGUUUCAAGCGCAGAUGUUGCCAGGAUAGUAUCUACAAAUCCCUUUUUUUUGAAGAGCAGCUUGGAUAAUACAAUCAUCCCAGCAUUUGAUUUCCUUAGUAAUCUGUGUCAAUCCCAAGCGAAAGCUAUAGCUGUUAUCCAACGGUACCGCCGUCUUUCGUUGGAUCAGCUAACUCGGAUGAGCCCCAAUAUUGAAACCCUGCGCGAAACUGGUGUGUCGGAUUCCAGUAUUACGUAUUUGUUGAUAUAUGAACCUGGAGCAUUCAUGGUGAGCUACGAUAGGUUUAGACGGGUUGUUGAGAAGGUAGAGAAAAUAGGUUUUAGUCCUUCAAAAGUGCACUUUGUCGUAGCGAUUAAAGUAUUAUGUAUGAUGACUAAAUCUACAUGGAACAAGAAGGUUGAGGUUUAUCGGAAAUGGGGUUUGACCGAGGAUGAGAUUUUUGUAACUUUUAAGAGACAACCAUGGUUUAUGACAAAAUCCGAGGAUAAAGAUCAAUGGCGUGAUGGAUUUUCUUGUUAA